AUGGGUGUCUUCAGCUACGUCGGAUUUUCCCUUUGUUGUGUUCUUUUCUUCGGAGUCGUUCUUUCGCAUGCAGACACAACGCUCCAAAACGACACUAUAUCGACCAUCUGUCCAAAUACCAGUAACCCAUUGUUAUGCUGGCAAAUGUUGAAAUCGGUGAGAAACUUAGACUCUGUAAGCCUAACAAAUUACACCCUCAACUUUACACGUACGAGCGCCAUCGAAUGUCUACACUAUGCACAAGGGCUCGAGGCGAAAGAGACAGUCAAUCUAGAGCUUAAGAAACGAUAUUCAUAUUGCUCGAAAUCCAUAAAGUCUACAGUGACCGACAUAGAAGUUGCUCAAGAAUAUAUGGGCUAUGGUUCUUAUAUUGUUGCCGAUCUUAACACCAUGGGUGCCUUUACGGAUUCAGGCGAUUGUCUAAAUAGCUUCAAUCAACCGCCACCGGAACCGUCGGCUCUUCAAAAGAGCGUCAAGAAUCUUAAUGAUAUUUGUGAGAUUGCCUGUCAUUUCACGCAUUUUAUCGCCGGAGAUGAUGCUUGA